GCCACCCGCUCGCCAACACGUAGAUCAUCCCUCCAAAGGCCCAGGAAAUGCCCGGCAAACUCUCCGCGACUCGUUCGGCAACGAAUCCUUGGCGUAACGGCGAGACUUGGUUCGACGGAGACCCUAGAGGUCUCGGUCUUGCAUACAGCCUGAAGUUUUCCCUCCAAUGGAAAUGCUUCAUCAAAGAGCCGGGUAUAUCAUCCUGAUCUCUUGGUAUUUUGCGACAAGCAACGGCCAACAGCCGGCCAGUGGCGGCGUCCCGCCCGAGCCAAGGGUGCUUAAUCUCCGGGUGCAACGAGGGAGAGGAAACCGUGCCACGUAUACGUAACAUUUGCAUCAGGUGUAUUCACUGACCAGUGUCGUUGCUCUUGAGGCUCCAUAUUUGCCGGUUGACUCCUCUUCGGUCGAGGGGCCUCAUGUGAUGGGUCUUUCGGCCACUGGGUUGAUAAGAUGAACCGGGCCCAGGCUCACUCUGUGUGACGACGCUGAUAGUCUAGCACAAGCUUCUUGUCAACUAACCGCAAAAGAGGAGCUUUCUUCAUCGAUCCCACUAGCCUGGCACGGAAGGACGGCUUGCCAUCAUCGAUAUCACGCUCUCCCGCCCCUAGUCUCGAACGAACUACGCCAGCAUGGCCUCCCAAGCCCCGGCAACGAACCAGACCGGUGGCCGUACUGCCGAUGUCAUAGAGCCUGUCCAGGAAACACAGACAACGCCCGCAAACUCGUUGCAAGAGAAGGCGGCCCAGUUCCUGGCGGCGCAUGGAGGCGGGGAUACCACUUUCACCUACGAAGAGGAGAAGGCCGUCCUAAAGCGGAUCAACCUCCGCGUUCUCCCUUUAAUUCUAGGAGCUUAUUUCUUCCAGCAACUCGACAAGAGUUCUCUUAGCUAUGUGUCCAUCUUCGGCUUCCAAGAAGACGCGAACCUCCACGGCCGGCAGUACAGCUGGCUCGGCUCCAUCCUCUACAUCGCCCAGCUCGUCUGGCAGCCCGCCGCCGCCUUCAUCCUCGUGAAGCUCCCCAAUGGCAAGGUCAUCGCCGCCGCCAUCUUCCUGUGGGGAUCCUCGCUGGCCAUCAUGACCGCCUGCACCAACUUCGGCGCCCUCCUCGGCCUCCGCUUCCUGCUCGGCACCUUUGAGGCCAUGAUCGCGCCGUCGUGCCUGGCCGUGACGACGACGUGGUGGAGGCGGAGCGAGCAGACGCUGGUGACCAGUUCGUGGAACGCUAUGAACGGCGUGACCUUCAUCGUCGGCAGUCUGUUCACAUACGGCCUUGGUCACAUCGAGAGCGACAAGCUGUUCAAGUACCAGAUCAUUUUCUUGUUCUGCGGGCUGCUAACAGUGACAUACUCGAUCAUCGUCCUCGUUUUUAUGCCUGACUCGCCCAUGUCAGCCAAAUACCUCACGGAACGAGAAAAGGUCAUCGCCGUCGAGCGACUCCGGGCUAACCAGAUGGGCAUCCAGUCCGGUAUCUGGCGCUGGGAUCACGUCUGGGAGACCUUCAUGGACCUGAAGACGUGGUGCUGGUUCGUCCUUGUCGUCGCCAUCUCCAUCGCCAGCGGCGGUAUCUCGACGUUCGGCAACUUGAUUGUUAAGUCGUUCGGGUACAACAGCUUCCAGACCAUCCUGUUCAACAUCCCCUUUGGCGUCAUCCAGAUCGUCGCCAUCAUGGGUAGCGGCUGGAUCGCCACGCGGACGCAGCGGAAGGGUCUGGUCAUAGCUGGGAUUGCCGUCAUUCCCGCCAUUGGCACCAUCCUCAUGCUCACCAUUCCGCGCCAGCACAAGGGCGUCUUGCUGUUCGGAUACUACUUGGUUUCAACCCUCGCUGCCAUCACCCCUCUGAUCUAUACCUGGCAAGCACAGAAUACCGCUGGCGACACCAAGAAGAAGACCACGUCGGCUGUUGUUUUCAUUGGCAUGUGCACCGGCAACAUCAUUGGUCCGUUGCUUUACUCCGUCGAUGACGCUCCGGUCUACCGCCCCGGCCUGAUUUCAAACCUCGUCAUGUUCAUCCUCGUAGCCUUUAUGGGAGCCCUUAUUCCUCUUUACCUCAAAUACCUCAAUGUGCAGCACGCCAAACGCCGCGAGGCCCUCGGCAAGAGCACGCAGAUCGUGGACGAGUCCAUGAUGCGCAACAAGGACGUACAGGACAGCAAGGCGGUGGAGUUGGAGGAGGAUCCUCAGAGACACCAGCAUAGAACCAUCGAGGAAGACCAUGGCCUGCAGGACAUGACCGACCUCAAGAACGAGGAUUUCAUCUUUGUGUACUAGCCUCACUUUUUGAAAGCAGGUAAGGGUAUAUCAAACAUCAAUUGGUCCCUGAUCCUAUCUUUCACGGACUUUCGAAGCAUCAUGUAAUAUGUCAUGCUACCAUAUCGGUCAUGAAGCUCUCUCAUCCUGACCGAAGUAAAGGUGCUGAUAGCUUGCUACACCAUGACUAAGCGAUAUGCCACAGGAAUCUGAACUGAAAUUGACGCGGCGGC